UGGAAGAGGCCUGAUACAGGGCGAGGGCUGCCCCUACCAUGAACAAGGAUAGCUGGUGCUGCAGAGAGAGAUUCUUUCAACAAUGUAUUGAGCACCUACUAUCUGCCAGGGCCCAUGGUGGGUGGUGAGAAUGCAACACAUAGUGACAUACAUGCCAUCCUUGCCUUCAUAGGUCUUGCUAGUUAGCAGGGGAUUGGUUUGUCUAUUUAUUGAGCACUUACUGUGUGCCUAGUGCUGGGAAUAAAAUGCUCUUAUUUGGUGAUUGAAAGAUAUAGUAUGUAUCCCCUUUACAAUGUUAUAGACUUGAAGGCAUCAGAUCUCAUUUAAUCCUCCCAAAUAACUUCAAGAGGCAGGCUUUAUUAUUUCCAUUUCACAGCAUGGAAAUAGGUUUAGAAAGGUGAAGUUACUUUACCAAGGUCACACAGCUAGGAAGUGGUGGAGCAAGGGUUUGGACCCUGACAAUCAGACUCAAGAAUGCAGGUGACUAGAAGCCAAGCAGAGACGGCUGUAGAAAAGAAGGGCGAGAAGCUGAGGGCUUGCACUUGUUCACCCUGGGAGGCCUCUGAACAGCUCCACUCGACUGCCCUGCUUGCUUGCUUACCCUCCUCUCCCAGACAUUAACUUUGUCCUUUGGUGUUUUGUGCUGACAAUGUCGGUGGUGGCUGGUGUGUGUGUGUGUGUGUGUGUGUGUGUGUGUGUGUGUGUGUAUAGGAUCCAGGGCUGACCCUGUCACUGGGAUACUGAUAGCUGCCUCUGUGUGUUUCCUCUGUGGCCACAGCAUUUAUCAAGAAGUGGACCAUGGUCUCUGAGGUGGGCUGGAAAUGAAGGUUCCAGGUGAACCCUCACCACUGUCCCUCCCCCCCCCAGAUGUUGACACAGAUGGUGUUUGCCUUGGUCUUUCCUAAUCUCUGCCCCCUCACACCUCACUGUACUCCUUAGGCCUGGAAAGGAUGAGUCAGUGUCCCUGCUGAGACUCUGGCCUCUCAGGAUUCUGGGUGCCCAUGUCACUAGCAAGAGGUGGGGACGCCCUUACCAGAAAGGCAGCCGGGGUUUGGGGAAGGCAGUUAUGUCACUAACUGCUUCGCUGCCAUCUGUGACUAAUUACUCGCAAUAGCCAACCACCAGGACAAAGUUCAGGGGUGGCGGGAGCAGGGCUGAGAAAGGCCGCCUCACUGCUGCUCUGACUCUCCCUGCAUCCUUGGGGGCCCUGAAGCAGCCUGGGAAGCCUGGGGUCCUUCAGUCCUUGAACCCUAGGCCCUCUCUUUCUCUUUCCCUCCUUGUCUGGCAGGUUUGGCCUCCCAGAGACAGUGGAAGGGGAUGGGGGGCACAUAGCAAAUAUAUUCUAGCCUCUGUGGGUGAUUUCUGUUGAUUUCCCCUCCCCCAUCCAGCCUUUCCCCAGACUUGGGGAUGUGAAAUGGCAUUCUUCUUUCUCAAAUCCUGACUUCUGCGUACUGCUUCUGUGACCUAAGACAAUUAAUGAUUCUUUUUUGAGCCUCAAUUUUAUCAUCUGUCCUAUGGGGAGUGGUGUGAUAAUAAAUAGUACUCAUUUCAGAGGGUUGGGAGGAUUAGAAAAAAUAAUGCAUGUAAAUGUAGUACAAUCUCAGGGAUUGUUAGCUGGGACCUAGUGAUGACAGUGGUGAUGAUGAUGGUAAAGUUGGUGAUGACAGAGUUGGCGCUUCUUUCUUAACUCCUAGGACCUAGUGUAUUUCAAAAGUUGUUUCCAGAAGGUCAGGACCGUUGCUUCCUGCUGCCUGGGGAUUUCUCCCAUCCCGCUCCAGUAUCAGAAUUCCUAAGGGUGGGGCCAGACAAUCCUUAUUGUAAACGAACUCUCCAGGUGCUUCAAGGACCUAAACCCUCUUCAAGUCUUGCCCCUACUCUGGGUACCCUCCCCCAGCCUCAUUCCCCCCCCCCUCCCCAAAUUCCUCCUACCUCCUAGGAACUUCCCUCCCCCACACCUUCCUUGCCUUGGCUAUUCCUCUGUGGUUCUCUUUCCAACUCAGAAGUUUGAUACCAGCCCUUUCCUGGCUCCUCUGAUGGCUAGAGCCCUUCUGAUUCUGGAGCCUGCCAGGAUGGGGUCCCCGAGGUCCAGCCAAGGUCCUGGGGGGCAACAGUUACUGCUGCCCCCCUUGCUGCUGGCACUGCUACUCUUGCUGGCCCCUUCUCCUGGCCAUGCCACUCGGGUGGUGUACAAGGUGCAGGAGGAACAGCCACCCAACACCCUCAUCGGGAGCCUCGCAGCUGACUACGGUUUUCCAGAUGUGGGCCACCUGUACAAACUAGAGGUGGGCGCCCCGUACCUGCGGGUGGAUGGCAAGACUGGCGACAUCUUCACCACCGAGACCUCUAUCGAUCGCGAGGGGCUUCGUGAAUGCCAGAACCAGCUCCCUGGUGAGCCCUGUAUCCUGGAAUUUGAGGUGUCUAUCACGGACCUCGUGCAGAAUGGCAGUCCCCGGCUGCUUGAGGGCCAGAUAGAGGUACAGGACAUCAACGACAACACACCCAACUUCGCCUCACCGGUCAUCACACUGCCCAUCCCUGAGAACACCAACAUCGGUUCACUCUUCCCCAUCCCAGUGGCUUCAGACCGGGAUGCUGGCCCCAAUGGUGUGGCAUCCUAUGAGCUGCAGGCUGGGCCGGAGGCCCAGGAGCUAUUUGGGCUGCAGGUGGCAGAGGACCAGGAUGGGAAACAGCCGCAGCUCAUCGUGAUGGGCAACCUGGACCGGGAGCGCUGGGACUCCUAUGACCUCACCAUCAAGGUGCAGGAUGGUGGCAGCCCCCCGCGUGCCAGCAGUGCCCUGCUGCGGGUCACUGUGCUCGACACCAAUGACAACGCCCCCAAGUUUGAGCGGCCCUCCUACGAGGCUGAGCUGUCAGAGAACAGUCCCAUAGGCCACUCGGUCAUCCAGGUGAAGGCCAAUGACUCAGACCAAGGUGCCAACGCAGAGAUCGACUACAUGUUUCACCAGGCGCCUGAAGUGGUGAGGCGUCUUCUGCGACUAGACAGGAACACCGGACUUAUCACUGUACAGGGCCCUGUGGACCGUGAGGACCUAAGUACCCUGCGCUUCUCAGUGCUUGCCAAGGAUCGAGGCACCAACCCCAAGAGUGCCCGUGCCCAGGUGGUGGUGACUGUGAAGGACAUGAACGACAACGCUCCCACUAUUGAAAUCCGGGGCAUAGGGCUGGUGACUCAUCAAGACGGGAUGGCUAACAUCUCGGAGGACGUGGCAGAGGAGACAGCUGUGGCCCUGGUACAGGUAUCUGACCGAGAUGAGGGAGAGAAUGCAGCUGUCACCUGUGUGGUGGCAGGUGAUGUGCCCUUCCAGCUACGCCCGGCCAGUGAGACAGGAAGUGACAGCAAGAAGAAGUACUUCCUGCAGACCACCACCCCACUUGACUACGAGAAGGUCAAAGACUACACCAUCCAGAUUGUGGCCGUGGACUCUGGCAACCCCCCACUCUCUAGCACCAACUCCCUCAAGGUGCAAGUGGUGGAUGUCAAUGACAACGCACCUGUCUUCACCCAGAGCAUCACUGAGGUCACCUUCCCGGAAAACAACAAGCCGGGCGAAGUUGUGGCCGAGGUCACUGCCAGUGAUGCUGACUCGGGCUCCAAUGCUGAGCUGGUUUACUCUCUGGAGCCUGAGCCAGCUGCCAAGGACCUCUUCACCAUCUCACCUGAGACUGGAGAGAUCCGGGUGAAGACAUCCCUUGAUCGGGAACAGCGGGAAAGCUAUGAGUUGAAGGUGGUGGCAGCCGACCGGGGCAGCCCUAGCCUCCAGGGCACAGCCACUGUCCUUGUCAAUGUGCUGGACUGCAAUGACAAUGACCCCAAGUUUAUGCUGAGUGGCUACAACUUCUCAGUGAUGGAGAACAUGCCGGCGCUGAGUCCAGUGGGCAUGGUGACUGUCAUUGAUGGGGACAAGGGGGAGAAUGCCCGGGUACAGCUCACAGUGGAGCAGGACAAUGGUGACUUUGUUAUCCAGAAUGGCACAGGCACCAUCCUCUCCAGCCUGAGCUUCGAUCGGGAGCAGCAAAGCACCUACACCUUCCAGCUGAAGGCAGUGGAUGGUGGGGUCCCACCUCGCUCAGCUUAUGUUGGCGUCACUAUCAAUGUCCUGGAUGAGAAUGACAAUGCGCCCUUUAUCACCGCCCCUUCCAACACCUCCCACCGGCUGCUGACCCCCCAGACACGUCUUGGUGAGACAGUCAGCCAGGUGACAGCUGAGGACAUUGACUCUGGUGUCAAUGCUGAGCUGACCUACAGCAUCGCUGGUGGCAACCCUUAUGGACUCUUCCAGAUUGGGUCACAUUCAGGUGCCAUCACCCUGGAGAAGGAGAUUGAGCGGCGCCAUCAUGGGCUGCACCGCCUAGUGGUAAAGGUCAGUGACCGCGGCAAGCCCCCACGCUAUGGCACUGCUUUGGUCCACCUUUAUGUCAAUGAGACCCUGACCAACCGCACGCUGCUGGAGACUCUGUUGGGCCACAGCCUGGACACUCCGCUGGACAUUGACAUUGCUGGGGAUCCGGAAUACGAGCGCUCCAAGCAGCGUGGCAACAUCCUCUUUGGCGUGGUGGCAGGUGUUGUGGCCGUGGCCUUGCUCAUCGCCCUGGCAGUGCUUGUGCGCUACUGCCGGCAACGGGAGGCCAAGAGCGGCUACCAGGCUGGUAAGAAGGAGACCAAGGACCUGUAUGCCCCCAAGCCCAGCAGCAAAGCCUCCAAGGGCAACAAAAACAAGAGCAAGAAGAGCAAGUCCCCGAAGCCCGUGAAGCCAGUGGAGGAUGAGGAUGAGGCCGGACUACAGAAAUCCCUCAAGUUCAACCUGAUGAGCGAUGCCCCUGGGGACAGCCCCCGCAUCCACCUGCCCCUCAACUACCCGCCGGGCAGCCCUGACUUGGGCCGCCACUACCGCUCUAAUUCCCCACUGCCUUCCAUCCAGCUGCAGCCCCAGUCACCCUCAGCCUCCAAGAAGCACCAGGUGGUGCAGGACCUGCCACCUGCAAACACAUUCGUGGGCACCGGGGACACCACGUCCACGGGCUCUGAGCAGUACUCCGACUACAGCUACCGCACCAACCCCCCCAAAUACCCCAGCAAGCAGUUACCUCACCGCCGAGUCACCUUCUCCGCCACCAGCCAGGCCCAGGAGCUGCAGGACCCGUCCCAACACAGUUACUACGAUAGUGGUCUGGAGGAGUCUGAGACGCCAUCCAGCAAGUCAUCCUCGGGGCCUCGACUAGGUCCCCUGGCUCUGCCUGAGGAUCACUAUGAACGUACCACCCCCGACGGCAGCAUAGGAGAGAUGGAGCACCCCGAGAAUGACCUGCGCCCUUUGCCUGAUGUCGCCAUGACGGGUACAUGUACCCGGGAGUGCAGCGAGUUUGGUCACUCUGACACGUGCUGGAUGCCUGGCCAGUCAUCUCCCAGCCGCCGGACCAAGAGCAGCGCCCUCAAACUCUCCACCUUCGUGCCUUACCAGGACCGAGGAGGGCAGGAGCCUGUGGGCACCGGCAGCCCCAGCCCCCCAGAAGACCGGAACACCAAAACGGCCCCCGUGCGCCUCCUGCCCUCCUACAGUGCCUUCUCCCACAGUAGCCAUGAUUCCUGCAAGGACUCGGCCACCUUGGAGGAAAUCCCCCUGACCCAGACCUCGGACUUCCCACCCGCAGCCACACCGGCAGCUGCCCAGACGGCCAAGCGUGAGAUCUACCUGUGAGCCCCAUUCUGGCUGGCGGCCACCCCCUCGCCCAGCUGCCAGCCAGCUCCCAGAUGGGCCCAUUCCAGGGCCUCCACUCCUGACCCCUCCAGCGUGGACUUCCAGGCCAGGUCCCCCAGUUGCACGGGGAGUACCUGCCUCAUGACCACGCUGGCCCUUCCCCCAGGCAGGGUCCAGGUUCUCUCCCCUCACUUAAGCCCCCAGGGAGCCCCUUCUUCCCCUUUAUGGGGCUCCCCCAGCUGAUGCCCAAGAGGGCUCUUCUACAAUGACGAGGCUCCCAUCCCUCGACUUCCAGGGAGCACCCCCUCACUUUGGGCAGAUGGUAGAGUCACGGGUGGGCAGCACACUUUUAACUCAUUGUUUCCUGCAUGGCCGACCAGAGGGAGAUAGGUUGCCCCCAUUCCAGCACUGAAGCAGGGUUGAACUGGGGAGCCCCUCUCUCUGGGAACACCCAGAGGAAACUCCUGACCACCAGGGGCUCCCUGAAGGGCUUUUGUUACCAAAGGUGGGGUGGGAAUGCGGGUGGAAGUGGGGUGGAGGGCUUGUCUUCCCUUACUAGUCAUGGGCUGGCCCACUUGCCCACCACAUACCCAUGCCUGUCCCAUCUGGCCCCCCACUUCCCUGCUGGAGAUGCAGUGUCUGUAUAUAAGGACCUUGGAAUGAUGUCCCCAUUUCUGCCUGAUUUGCAACUUUUCUUGUUGAUGUUGUGUUGUCUUGGGGGACCCCUCUGGGGGGGGACCUGACCUGUGCCCCCUCCUCCCUGCUGCAGUGCCCCCCACCCCAGGCCUCUAUUGUUCCAUGUUGUAAAUACCCCUGGGGCCGUGGCGGGAUGGGGGUGCAGGCCAGGCAAACAAUGGGUGGGUGGGGGUGGGGAUGGGGGAAACAUUCGCCUAUCAGCAGAGCUGGGCUUUUAUUUAAUUUUUUUUUUUAAAUACAAAUCUCUAUUUUUUUGGAACUGUUGCGCUGUGCCCUGGGGGGGGAUCCCCGCUCAGGCUGGCCCCCCACAUCCAGAUGAGCAUCACAUAGGGGCCCUGAGGCUGUGGGGGCAGCUAGACAGGGGUGGGAUGACUGUGCCUCUGGCCUGGUUGGGUGAGUUGGGAGCAGGAAGGUUUGCUAAGGGGGUGGCCCAUUGCUGCCCCCAAUAGGGGGGACCUGCAUCCUGCUUCCUCCCUGCCCCCUACCCCCCAGCCCCUGCCAUGACUGACCCGUCAGCCUGUAAAACCACCAUUGCCUUGAUCUCAGGGGGUGGAAGGGCUGCCUCAGGGCACCCUGGGCUCCUGGCCCCCUUCUUCCAGUUGGGCUUCCCUUUGCCAGGGUCAGGGGUCCCGUGGGGGAAUGGGUGGGGAGAUUGGGGGGCAGAGAAGCCCAGUCAGCCAUGAUGAGGUGGGAUUCCUUUCUUCACCUCAGGGGGCCAGGGUGUGAGGGGCAUCCUGUAGCGCUCCCAUCUCCCUCUGUGGCCAUCUCAAAGCCUCAGUCCUCUUCCUUCCAGAAACCCCCACUGCCUUGGCCCAUACCUCUCCAGCUCCCCAGGGGCCCAGGCUGGGAGGCUGGAGACUCAGGGUAUGGCCCUUGCUUGACUUAGUCAAAGCUUGGGAGGCGGCCCAAGGGUGGGAGGGGUGGGUACAGGCUGCUGGGUUGUCUGGUGCCUUUGGGAGCUGUUGCUGGGGUCUUGACUCCUGUAACCCCAGAUACCCCACCUCUACCCUGGAAAAGCCAAGGGGCUAAAGAAUCACCCUAUUCUCUGCUCCUUGCCCCUAACUUGGCUUGGAGUAACAGUGCUGGAAAGGAGAGCAUUGUUAGGCUGGUGGCCCCAGCAAACACAGCCCUUCUGUGGAGGGCAGGGGAUAGAGUGGGCUGGGGUGGCAGCAACCAGGUCUAGGGGUUGGCCAAAGGCUCCUUUCCCUGGGGGAGGCCCAGGAAGUGGGCUGGGGCUUGUUAAAGAGACAGCCCCUUCCCCCUGCACAAACGGGGCAGGUGCAAUAGUGAUGGAGUUAGUAACGUGAGGUGCCCAGCUGGUGGGGCAGUGGCCUCGAGGAUGUCCUGGGUCCUGGAAGUCAGGAUUCUGGCAAGAUUGUAUGAGGCCCAUUUGCUUGGUGGAGAGGGUAGUCCAGACAGGAGGCAUUCCUGGGGUUAGUGGACCCCCCUUCCCAGAAGCCCCUGGUGACCUGGGCAUCUUGCUUUGGUCUUGGAGACCCCUGAGCACUGGGUGGAAGGGCAGAGAAGCAUUUUGCACAAUGGAAAAGCCAGAAGGAAGGGGUAGCCCAGAUGGCUGGGAGGGCUGAGAAGCACAGAGGAGGAGCCCUUCCCACAGGCCAAGGCAGAGUCCCUAGCCCCCUGGUUGGGGUUGGGGUGCUGAAUCUGUCACCACCUGGGCACUCGAGAGGUGAAACCAAAGGUGGGCAGGGGAUGGGUGACAGCAUUGGGGACCACUCCUUUUGGUCCUAGGUCUGUGAAGCCCUUCCCCAAUGCCUUGUGUCGCGUACAGUUUUAUGUACAAAUAGGCGACAUUUGGCCAGAGGAGACCCCCCCCCUCAACCCAGCCUGACCCAGUCAGUGUCUUCCUAGAGGGGACCUAGUUGGUCCCCACCCCCCUACUUCAGAGCAUAUAUCUUGGUAGGGGGAGGGUAUAUGGGGACAUAUUUCUCUCCUAGGGUCCCUGAAGUGUGUCUCACACCCGGGGGGAGGGUCUCUGAAGCAUCCCUAACCUCUGGGGGCUCCCUAGCCCCUAUCUCUUCCCUUGGGAGUCUCUGGGGAGACAUGUAUUCCCGCUGGGGACCAUGGGAGCAUGUCUCCUCCCUACCCAGGCUCUCUGGGGAGCCUGUUUUCCUCCCAGGGUUCCUGGGAGUACUUAAGGCAUGUCAGUCUCGGGCCAUCUCUCUUCCCAGGGAAGGGGGCGAUCUCUGAAGCAUGUCUGGGAAGGGUUGUUUCUGGCCUUCCCUGCAUCUCUGCCCUGGGGGUCUCUGACCUGUAGCACUUUGGGAAGAGACUGGGCAGCUCUGAGUUGUCUUUUCUCCUAGGGUUCUGGAGUACCUCUCUUUCCUGAGGGCCCGGCCUCUGGAGCCAUUUCUUCCCUGGGUGGGGGCUGUCUCCUGGUGGUGGGAGGGCUUGUGUUGGCCAUGAGAAAGUCUCCAAGCGGGACUUCUCUGGGAGGGGGGACUGUGUCUCGCCCAUGGGGUUCCCCGGCGGGUGUCUGCCCCUGGGGAGAGGGAGACUGUGUCUCCUCGGGUUAUCUGAGUGGGGAGGGGGGCCGUGUCUCUCUC